AUGGAGGAGUGGGCUAUGCUGGAUCCAUCCCAAAAGGAGCUCUACAAAGAUAUGAUGAUGGUAAUAUUGAGAAACAUGGUCUCUAUAGGAAACAUGAGGAAACAGCAAAAGAUUGAAAAUUCUGGCAUAAAGCUAAGAUGUCAACUGGUGGAGAAACUCCAUGAGUGUAAGGAAGAUCAGGAGUAUGCAGAAAUCAUCAGCUUCUCUACAGAGGGCAUUGUGAACCAUAAAUUUUAUCCAGGAGUAUAUAUAUAUAUAUAUAUAUAUAUAUAUAUAUAUAUAUAUAUAUAUAUAUAUAUAUAUAUAUGUAAAAGAAAUGGGCUUGUAAAUGUAGUCAUUGGCUAUUUAGCUCUAAGUGUGCCGUUAAAACCUAGGCCAGGGCGGAAAACAAAUGAAGUUCAGGAGCAUAAUAAAGAAUCAGGGGACACCUCCAGCUCUUCCCCAUCUUUUCAGAAGCACAAAAGUGCUGGCAUGGAAGAGAAAUCUAAUGAAAAUAAGCAGUCUAAUGAAGACAUGAGAAUCGGUCAGACUCAUGAAAGCACUCCUGCUGAAGAAAAGCGCCAUGAAUGUAAGCAGUGUGGGAAAACGUUUACUUCUCUCAGGUCCUUAAAGGGUCAUGAACAAUAUCACCAUGCAAAGAAAUCCUUUGCAUGUAAACAGUGUGGGAAAGCCUUCCCUUCCCUCAGUUUCCUACAAGUCCACAAAAGAAUCCACACCGGCGAGAGGCCUUACACGUGUAAGCAGUGUGGGAAGACCUUUGCUUAUUCCAGUUCUCUUCUAAGACGUGAGAAGAUUCACACUGGCUUGAGUCCCCAUCAGUGUCAACUGUGUGGGAAAACCUUUACUCGUUUCAAUUCUCUUUUAAGACAUAAAAUAAUCCACACCGGUGAGAAGCCCUAUGCGUGUAAUCAGUGUGGGAAAAGCUUUUCUCGCUCUGCUUCUCUUCAAAGACAUACGAGAAUCCACACCGGAGAGAAACCCUAUGUAUGUAAGCAGUGUGGGAAAGCCUUCAUUACUUCUAUUUAUCUUCAAAUACACGAACGAACUCACACUGGGCAAAAACCCUAUGUAUGUAAGGACUGUGGGGAUGCCUUCAUGCUUUGGAAUCAGUUUCGAAAACAUAAAGUAACCCACAGUGGUGUGAAUCCCCAUGUUUGUAAGCAGUGUGGGAAAGCGUUCACUCGUCUCAGUUCCCUACAAAUCCAUGUAAGAACUCACACUGGUGAGAAGCCCUAUGUGUGUAAGCAGUGCACAAAAGCCUUCAGGUCUUCGUAUCAAUUAGGAAGGCAUGAAGUAAGUCAUAGUGGUGUCAAGCCCUGUGAGUGCAAACAGUGUGAGAAGGGGUUCUUCUGUUCUACUACUUUUCGAAGUCAUGAAAAGAUACACAGCGGCGAUAACCCCCAUGUGUGCUCCCAAUGUGAGAAAGUUUUGAGUUCCGAGAGUGCUUUGCGGAAACACAAAAUGAUUCACACUGGAGAGAAACCUCGUCUGUGUAAGCAGUGUGGGAAAACCUUCACCCCCUUAAGUUCUCUUCAGUACCAUGCGUUGAUGCACAGUGGUGAGAAACCCCAUGAGUGUUAG